AUAUAGAAUACCUGCACUCUGUCCUAUAACAACACUUCAACACGUGGUGUUUACGGAUUCGAACUCGUCAUGGAAGAUUAUCCUACAAAGAACAUUAGUUUGGGAUAUUCCAAUAAUUCCACAGCGCUCAGAGUGCCUUUUUCCAACAGUCCUUCCAUUCAACCAUUGAGCAAAAUCCCUCUCCAGUUUUCUUUGGAAGUGGAGGCUCCAGCACCAUCUUGCGUUGAGGGCGAUUACAUGCCUCGAUUCAUCCACCCAACACCUGCACACGGGGAACACCUGGCGGCUCGCGUUAACCAAGAGCUGGAGAUCAGAAUAAAGGCUACUGCCAUCUAUACAAGUAUCGUUGAUGUGGUCAUUAGUGGACCUCUGAACAGCACAAAGGAGGUCACCACCUCUGGAGAGUAUGUGAUCAACUGGACACCAAAUCCAGACAACCUUGGCCAACAUUUCCCAUUUUGCUUCAUUGCAGAAGCUGCCCAGAAUGCGUCCAGAACAUACCAAUCUGAGAUGAGAUGUGUCAUUGUUGUGGUUGGUCGUGCAGGUCCAAAAGCUGAUGUUGUAUGCACUAAGGAUCGAAUGUCAGUGACAGUAGAACGAGCCAAUAUUUCUGGUAUCCAUAGCAAUCACCUGCGGCUCAACGAUCCUUCCUGUCCCGUUACUUCCAAUGACACCCAUGUUUUCGCCAAUUUCUCCUUGAACGCCUGUGGGACUCAGAUGGAAGAGACAGAUGAACAUCUAAUUUUCAAGAAUGAAAUUGUCACAUAUGAUAAUGCAAAAGAUAUCAUAACCAGGAGACACGAGGUGGAAAUCGAAGUCAUGUGCAAGUUCCACAAGCAGAGCAGUAUAACGGGAAAAUUUGACGCUCACAGGCCGUCCAUCAACAUCACAGAGAGGGGCUUCGGCACAUUCUGCUAUCAGUUUGAGUUUUAUGAAUCUGGUUUCACCACCAGAAAAAGUCCAACCUCUUACCCACUGGAGUACGAAGUGGCAGAGACCAUCUACAUGCAGAUUUCACCCGUCAAUUUGGUGAAAAAUACAGAAUUGUUCCUGGAGUCCUGUUCAGCAAAACCCCACGAUAAUCCCAGUUAUCCCAUCUCUUACCCCAUCAUUGCAAAUGGAUGCAAGCUUGAUAGCACUGUUAAGUUCCUCUCCAGUCGUCAGUCCAGUGUCAAGUUCAGUAUGGAAGCCUUCAAGUUCAUUGGACAGUUUGACCAGGUAUUCAUCACCUGUUCAAUCAUCAUUUGUGAAGCCAACAACCCCUACACCCGCUGUGCUCAGGGCUGCACCAAUGGCUCAGUACCUCUUCCAUCCUCUCACGUGCACAAAAGAGAAGCUCCAAUGCAGACCGCAAGUCACUUCAUCUCUCAGGGUCCUCUGAGACUCAGGAGGAGUUCAUCUCUUACUGAGUUCGCAAGCCAAAGCCUGAAUCUGAAUCUGGUGUUCGUCGCCGGAUGUCUUCUCGCUGUAGUUGGCAUGGUGUGUGGAGUGAUGGUCUACAAAUCUAGGACUUCAAAGAUCAACUAUCAGCUUUUGAAAUCAGAUGAGAUUUGAUUCGAUCAGU